GCCCCCUGGCGAUAAACUGUCUUCGCCAUAUUUGACAUAUUUGGCAACGAGGAGAGGAGUUGGACUCACAAUAUCAAGCAAAAGGCCCUUAAAAUUAUCAUUAUAUAGGUCUCCUAAUCAAUAAAGCCUUCUCAUGAAGGCUAUGGAAUAUAGAAGUGUUGUUUAUAAUGCCGCACGGGACGGUAAAUUGAAUCGUCUGAAAAUUUUCCUCGACCACAAAUCGAAGGAAGAAAUAGGGAAACUUGUACACGCAAAAACAAAUGGGGCUACUCCACUGAUAAUGGCAUGCCGUAAUGGCCAUUUAGAAGUUGUAAAAUACAUCAUAGAACUAUGUACUGCUGAAAUUGAACAAGUAGGGUCCGUGACAUUUGAUGGAGAGACAAUUGAAGGGGCACCACCUUUGUGGUGUGCGGCUGCUGCUGGUCAUUUAGACAUUGUUAAAUAUUUGAUACAAAAGGGAGCAGGGGUCAAUAAAACUACAUACACUAAUUCAACUCCUCUAAGAGCUGCUUGUUUCGACGGACACUACGAAAUAGUAAAACACCUAGUGAAUAAUGAAGCUGAUAUUGAAAUUGCAAACCGACAUGGUCACACCUGUUUAAUGAUAAGCUGUUAUAAAGGUCAUAGAGAGAUUGCUCAGUAUUUAUUAGAAUUGAAUGCAGAUGUCAAUAGAAAAAGUGUGAAAGGAAACACUGCUUUACACGACUGUGCAGAAUCAGGAAGUUUAGACAUCAUGAAAUUAUUACUGAAACAUGGAGCAAAAAUGGAAAAAGAUGCGUAUGGAAUGACACCUUUAAUGGCAGCAAGUGUGGCCGGAUUUUCGAAAAUAGUUGAAUUCCUAAUUGGGAGACAGGAAUGUACAAAACAUGAGCGAAUAGAUGCUUUAGAAUUAUUAGGUGCAACAUAUGUGGAUAAGAAAAGAGACAUGUUAGGUGCUAUCAACUUCUGGCGACAAGCAAUGGAAGAUCGUUCAAAUGAUCCUUCUCUACCAAAACCUAAACAGGGUUCACAGGUAGCCGCAUAUGAAAACUCAGAAGAAGUCACAAAUCUGGAUGAAUUAGAUGAACUUAUUUCUGAUCCUGACGAUAUGAGAAUGCAAGCCCUAUUAGUGCGUGAACGAAUUCUGGGACCAGCCCAUCCAGAUACUUCAUACUAUAUACGUUACCGAGGUGCAUUAUAUGCAGAUAUGGGUAAUUUUGAGAGAUGCAUAAUGCUGUGGAUGUAUGCAUUAGACAUGCAGCAGACAGUUUUAGAACCUUUAAGUCCAACCACACAAAGUAGUUUUCUUUCGUUUGCAGAAUUGUUUUCGUUUAUGAUGACAGAAUGGAGGAACCGACCCGCUCACUCUAUAGCAUUCAAAGACAUUCAUAAUGUGUUAUUACGUGCGAUAAUGGAACUAGAGAAAGGGAAAGCUGAUGAAACAGCUGAUAAAGACAGCAGCCAUUUUAGCCGAUUACUUGUGAUAAUUAUGCAUCUCUUAUGCUUAAUGUGCCGUUUACAGAAGAUCAUGAAAAAAUCAGAAGAACAUUCAUUUAAAGAGGUGGUUUAUAAACUAGUUCGCAUGAAACCUAUCGGCACUAAAGGUUUUUCUCCGUUGCAUUUGGCCUGUUCAAGGGAGACCACCAAUGUUGGAAGAUAUCCUGUUUGUUCCUUUCCCUCUGCCGACGUAGCCCAACUUCUAAUGGACGUUGGUGCUGAUGUAAAUGCUAUUGACCUUGAUGGAAAUUCACCUUUACAUAUAGCCUCAAGCAAUCGCCCGUGUAGGUCAGAGGUUAUACGUACCUUGUUAAGGAAUGGAGCUCACUUAGAUAGAUGUAACAAAGACCGAAAAACACCAAUGCAAUUGAUAAGAGGAAUGUCAAUCAAUGAUAUAGUUUCACCAUUAAAUUAUUUGACGCUACAAUGUCUAUCUGCACGGAAAAUUGUAAAAUGUAAUAUAUCGUAUAAAGGACAGAUUCCUAAAAAGUUGGAGAAUUUUAUAGAAAUGCAUUAGAAUGAAUUGUAAAGUGAUUAUCAAAUGCUUUUGAAUGUGAUAUUUCUUUUUAAUUAAUCAGUUCAUAAAUUCAGAAGUUUAGAAAACAAAACCUCAAGAAGAACCAAAGCAAAAUUUAUAUUUUGUAAAUGAUAGUUUCUUUAAAUAUUCGUUCACAUAUAUAACAUGUAUAAGAUACUUUUUAAUGAUAUGAAAAUCAAACAAGUUUAUUAAGGCUACCAAUGUAAGUUUGUACUUCAAAAUUAACACAGUACAUGUGUUAAAAAUACAAUGUGUUUAUGUCCACAGUUGUGUAUGUACAUGUACAAACGUAGGGAAUGGGGUGGGGGUCUAAUCACAUACAAUCUAUGGUCUUUCUUGAUGGUUAAAUGUACUAUCCAUUAAUUAAUUUAUGAAUUGUAAGGAUAGGUAAUGGUAAUAUUUCUUUUUCUGGAAGAAAUAUACAUGUCCAAUGUAGGGAACACUGCUGCAAGGGUAUCUUAAACAUUAUGUACUACAUUUGCACAUGUAAGCAUCACAGUUUAUUACUAUUUUUAAAUGGUCAGUUUGUGCAUAAUGUGAUAUCAGCACACAUUCACCUGCAUAAUAAAUAUAAAGCAUGAUCAUGAAUCAUGAUGAUAAACUGCUUAAGAUUUCAUAGAAUCAUGAUGGUGACAAAUUAAGAAAAUUCAAACUUUUGUUCUCUUCAUGCUACAUGUAACAUUUUAAUUAUCAUGUUUAUAGACAUGAUAGAUCCAUACAUAUAUACACUAUUGAAAAAGAGAGAAACCACAAAAUUGUCAAAUAAUUAUUAUAUUUAUAAAUAUUAAAAUGUUUGCACCUGUAUGUGCCAUCAUCAGUAUCAUUGGGCUAUAAUAAUUUACAAAUGUACAUGUAUGAAUCACAAUAUUUUCUUUAAACCAAAAACUUACAAACUCAUUUAAACAUACAAUGUAUAUCAACUUGCUUUUUUUUGGUUUCCAUUUAUAGCUUUAAAACCUUUUUUUGAAUUCCAGCAUAAGCAUGUCUUACAUUGUCUUCAUGGUCUUAGGGAAAAAAAUAGAGAAAUUAUUUAGAAAAAAAAGAAAUUUAACCCCCCAAAAUACAUGAAAAUAGGUAAAAUAAACAUUAUGAAAAAUUGCUUAUAAAAAUAGUUCUUAAGGUGGUACCUAACACUACAGGGAGAUAACUCUGUAAAAUCAGCUAAACGUUGUAAUUACGUUGUGUUGUUAAAGGAGU